CAGAACCCCGAGGAGCUCGACGCGACCGCGACGCUCCGUCAUUCACGAGCUCGGAGUGUCCUCGCAACCAGGAAGAGGAGCGCGCGCGCACUCGGGCUCGCGCCGACGGAGCGACCCGGCGCGGCGACGGCGCCGCUUCGCCCCGCUCGGCGCUCCGCGUCCACGUCGCGUGCGGUGAGUGCGAGACCUCGGAAUGCGGCCCGCGUGAGAAAAAUGCGCUGUGACCGUCGCGCUGCUGUCUUUUAAAACCAGCAGACUGAUGAGCACUUGCAGCUCUCUUCCGGAGGUCUUGUGAUGUCUUAGGAGGAGGCAGACUUCUACUAACCUCUACGUAAAAGGUCACGAUGGACAAUCAGGGACCCAAGGAUCUGCCACAGCAUCAUGAAGUGGAAGAAAACUCAGAGAAUGAAGAGGAAGAUGAGCCCAAGGUGUGCCAGGUGUGUGGAGACCGGGCCACGGGGUACCACUUCAAUGCCAUGACCUGUGAGGGCUGCAAAGGCUUCUUCAGGCGAGCCAUGAAGCGGCCGGUGAAUUUCAGCUGCCCGUUCCGGGGUGUCUGCAUCAUCACCAAGAACAAUCGGCGACAGUGCCAAGCAUGUCGUCUGCAGAAGUGUCGGAGCAUUGGCAUGCUCAAGGAGUUGAUCAUGUCAGAUGAGGAGUUGGGGCAGCGUCGACGACUUCUUGAGAGGAGGAGGAAGCGGGCAGAGCCUGUCAUUCUGAGUACCCAGCAGGAAGCUGUGAUCCAAGAGCUCCUGAAUGCACAGAAGAAGACCUUUGAUAUCUCAUUUGUCCACUUUACUCACUUCCGGCCUAUUGACCGCACCCUGGCCCCCAUGCAACAGUAUCGGCAGACCUGCCAGGAAACCACAACCAACACCUGGCCUAGUGACAUACAAGAGGCCAGUUUACCCUGCUCAUCUUCCUCCUCACCCUGCUCCUCAUCUUCACAAGAAGUAAAACCAGAGGACAGCUGUGGAAAAGACAGGGCCUUCACUACAUUACCUCACAUCGCAGAUCUCUCCACUUAUAUGAUCCAGCAAAUCAUCAGUUUCGCCAAGAUGCUCUCAUCUUUCAACUCUGUAUUCCGUAGAGAACUGUCCAUCGAGGACCAGAUCUCUCUGCUGAAGGGCGCCACUUUCGAGUUGUGUCAGAUCCGCUUCAACAUGCUGUUCAACGAGUCAUCGGGAAUGUGGGAAUGUGGCCCUCUCACAUACUGCAUGGAUGACGCUGCACGUGCUGGCUUCCAACCCCACUUACUGGACCCUCUGAUGAAGUUCCACUACACACUGCGCAGACUACACCUUGACGAUUCUGAGUACGUGCUCAUGCAGGCCAUCGCCCUCUUCUCCCCAGAUAGGCCAGGUGUGACUGACAGCAAGACCAUUGACCAACUCCAGGAGAUGCUCGCCCUCACGCUCAAGACAUAUAUAGAGUCCAAGAGGACUUCCCCAAAGAAGCACUUGCUGUACCCCAAGAUCAUGGGAUGCCUGACAGAGAUGCGCUCUAUGAAUGAGGAGUACACAAAGCAGGUGCUCCAGAUACAGGACAUCCAGCCUGAAGUGCCGCCACUCAUGCUGGAAGUGUUCAGCAAGAUCACCUAGUGCUGCAGGACACUAAGUACUGGAGAACCCAGACUGUGGACCUGCACAUACAUUAAGGAAGCACUGGAGGGUCUAGGUAUGAACAUCACCUUAGGUAGCCUGUGGGACAGAACUUAUGAAUGUUCUCAAGGCCCCUUUGACUUUUUUUUCCACAAGGUUGAAUGACAUUUUUGAAGAUACUGUAUAGUUUGCAGAAAGAUUUUGCAAGUUCUGUAUAUGAAAAUGAAUGCUAUUUAUGCCACACAUCAGGACAGACCUCUCUGUGUAUCUAGUAUAUUUCUGAAAGAGCUGUCUGGAGUGGACACAGUAGAACAUUCCCUUCAGGAGACUAGUUCCCUUCCAUCUUCUUUUCUUUCAGUUUUUAUUUGGAGUUUUGUCCUCUACAUUCUCCCUUGGGUCACAGAUGAAUUGCUGUCUAGUUUGCCGUAGUAAAGGCGGAGGUAGGGGCAGACAUACAUGUCAAUGCGCACACUCCGUGACCACCCUGUUCUAAACUUCUCUGCCUUUGCAUUUAAAGCUAGAGCAGCAGGUGGUUUAACAGAGCAGUUGUCCUGCAGUCAAAGGACUUGGGUUUGACAUAUUGCUCCUGUUGUGUACUUACUUACCUUGAAUUGAUUUUAAUUCUAACACUAAACUGUCUUGGAUAAAGCUAUUGGCUGAUUAAAUAAAUGUAAAAUAACUGAAAGGAUAUCGAAAGACAAAUUCAGCUUCAGGCCCAAAUUAUUGUCACAGGUUGCAGUGUUGUGCACCAUUACAGCAAUGUAUUUUCUGAAGUUGAAGUUCUUUCUCAGCGGUACAUCAUAAGUGCAAUGAAGCCAUGAACCUUUCAAAUAACUAGUAUUCAACAGAUAACUAUUUGCACUCAUGGAGUUACCAUAAUUUAUAAGCUGGUCAUUUAAUGUAUUUUCUCAGAACUCAAGCUAUGCUGAUCCAAGCAAUUCUUAGUAAAAACUGUUUAAAGUUACUAUCUAAAAUAGUAUGAGAGUCUUUUGAUGCUGGUGCAGGCUGUACCUACUACGUUCUGCUGUUAAGUUUACUUUUUGUCAUUCCUAUUAAAGGAUACUGCAUAAUGCUGCUUAGAAUAUUACUGGUAUUACCUGUCAUAGCACAUCGGGUAUUGGUUAUAUCUUCUACCUGGCAUUCCAAGGAUCCAGAUUUGAAGCCCACCCCCCUUCAGCAAGACUGUUACCUUGAAUUCCUCCAGAAAAAAUGAGCAUAUAAGUAAGGGCAGUUUAACAUUUUAAGUCACUACUAGGAAAACGAUCAGCAGCUAAAUAGUAAAUGUAAGUGUGUCUACCACAAGCUUAAUAAACAUUUACAUUUAUUUAGCUCUUUUCUCCAA